AGCAUAGUUCUUUUUAGGGAAAACAGACAAUAGUGACUACGAAGUUUCCUUUCCAUCCACUUUCUCACACCGGAACCGCCUUCGCCGUCGGCCGCGAUCUUCGUUUACCGACUCAGUUUCCGUCAUCCGAUCGCCGGAACUCGACGACUGGCACAGCGUCUGGGGAAAACACUCCUUUGAGCUCAGUUCGGAUCAAUCAUGCCUCCCGCUGGUCCUCGAUCUGGUGAUGCAAUCUUCGCUAGCGUUGAGCGAGUGAAUGCGGAGCUGUUUACCUUGACUUAUGGAGCAACUGUUCGUCAAUUGCUUACGGAUCUGGAGGAGGUUGAGGAGGUCAACAAACAGCUCGAUCAGAUGGGUUAUAACAUUGGAAUCCGACUGAUCGAUGAGUUUCUAGCAAAAUCUAAUAUCUCCAGAUGUGUUGACUUCAAAGAGACAGCUGAAGUAAUUGCGAAGGUGGGUUUAAAAAUGUUUUUGGGUGUGAAUGCAACGGUGACCAACUGGGAUGCUGAAGGCACCUGCUGCAGUAUAGUUCUGGAGGACAAUCCAUUGGUAGACUUUGUAGAGCUUCCUGAUACUUGUCAAGGUCUUCAUUAUUGCAACAUCUUAAGUGGAGUCAUUAGAGGAGCACUUGAGAUGGUGUCAAUGAAAACAGAAGUGACAUGGCUACGCGACAUGCUGAGAGGAGACGACACGUUUGAACUACAAGUAAAACUCCUCAAGCAAGUCCCUGAAGAGUACCCCUACAAAGACGACGAGUAAGCAAUUUCCAUAUCUACGUAAAAGAAUAACUCUUAUUUUACUAGUUUUGCUUCCUGUCUGUGUUCAUUUGGUCUGAAAAAGAUAGCUAUAUUCUCUGAUUCCUUGAACCAACUUUUAAUCUUAAUCCCAAGUUAUAUAUAUAGUCUUUUUGCUA